AUGGCUAUCAAGCUGGUGGCAAUCCUUCUUGUUGGGGUCCUCGCCGGAGCCCUCCCUGCCUUCGUGCUGGCCCAGAACUGCGGUUGCGCCGCGGGUCUGUGUUGCAGCCAAUAUGGGUAUUGCGGGACCGGGGAUGACUACUGUGGGACUGGGUGCCAGGCAGGCCCUUGCUAUUCGUCCGGAGGUAGUUCUGUCUCUGAUGUUGUGACGGAGGGUUUCUUCAAUGGGAUUAUUAGUCAAGCUGCUGGGAGUUGCGCCGGGAAGAACUUCUACUCGCGUAAUGCCUUCCUUGAGGCUGCCAGUUCGUAUCCUCAGUUUGGCCAGGAUGGUUCCGCAGAUGACUCCAAGCGGGAAAUCGCUGCUUUCUUUGCUCAUGUCACGCAUGAGACCGGACACUUUUGUUACAUAGAAGAAAUAGAUGGUGCCUCUAAGGACUAUUGCGAUGAGAGCAACACACAGUACCCAUGUGUAGCUGGAAAGGGUUACUAUGGUCGUGGACCGCUUCAAAUAUCAUGGAACUACAAUUAUGGGCCGGCUGGACAGAGCAUAGGGUUUGAUGGCUUGAACAAUCCUGAAACGGUGGCUAAUGAUCCAGUAGUGUCCUUUAAAACAGCAUUUUGGUUCUGGAUGAAUAAUGUGCACUCUAUCAUAGGACAAGGAUUUGGAGCCACAAUUCGAGCCAUCAAUAGUAUGGAAUGUGGUGGAGGAAAUACCGCUGCUGUCAACGCACGUAUCGGAUAUUAUACAGAUUAUUGCAAUCAAUUUGGUGUUUCAACCGGUGGCAAUCUUUCUUGCUAAGGCAUGAAAGAGUUUCAUCUAAAUAUUUGGAUUUGAUAUAUGUGACCCUUAAAAAUAAAGAGUUUAUAGUAUGAAACUCUCGUUUAUAGGGUUUUGUUGUGUGUUGUUCUUGGUCUUUGACAAUGAUCUUGGUCGUUGUAUGUUGUUGUGUGUUGUUCUUACAUGAAUAAGAAAA